AUGGUUACUACUGGACAAGACCAGCAAGCAAUGUUGAACCCAUACUGGUUCCAAUGUCAAGAAGAAACAAUUACCACUCUUCGCCAUCAACUAGAGCAGACGAAUCAUUGGAAUAAAAAACUAAACAAUCAUCUUUAUACUCUGACCACGGAAAACAAACAGCAGGAGCAGGAAAUUUUGGGUUUGAGGUCACAACUCGAAGAGAAGAAUCAAGAGAUUUUAUAUUUAAAAGGGAAGUUGCCGAAUCCAAUGAAGAGAAUUCGGAGACGAAGAUCCCCGGAAAUCAAGAAACAAAGAGUGUCUGAUGAUUCCUCAUCCCUGACAAUGAGCUAUCGUACUUCCCAAGAAAGCCCAGAAACAUCAAUGACCCAAACAUCAACCCCUUCCUCUUCCAAUACUCUCUCAAUGUGCGAAACUCCAUUGGCUACUCUGGAAAUGCCCCCGGCUCCCGACUUCACGAACUAUACUUUUACUGGUAAUGUCCAUUUUGAUGGAAAGCAAUUCACAUUUGAUAUUGGAGGCGACAAUCAUGACUCUCUCCAAGUCGAAGAAUCGACACUAGAUGAACAGGACCCGAGGAUCAAUGAAAACCCAAUCACUCCAUUCCAAGAUGCGUUGGCUUUCUGGAACCAGAACUACAAAGAGGUCGAUAAAUUUGGAACGCCGCUUUUUGGACUGGACAUUUCGACCUUAUUAUUCAAUCCAAAUGGACCUCAAGUCAUUCCCCAGCGAGUCAUCAAAAUACGGAAUGAGAGGGAGUUCCAGGAGAUGCAAAGAGAAAAACGAGGUCAAAAAUGGGAGAAGCUCUCAGACUUCCGGAAGAACCAAUGGAAAGAGAAAUUGGCAUAUAUGACCGAAAUUCAAAAGGAACAGUUGGCUGCUGGAUUAAUUGUAUUUUCGAAUGAAAAUCACCGAUCAACAUGA